CAAAGCAAUCGGGUCGGUAGUUCAAUCCACAACUUCCACGAGUCUGGCAAAAACAUUCACAACAAAAUAAAACACAAUUUUUCAUUUACAAUUAUUACGUAACUGUAAUUUCAUCUUCACACAGAUACAAUAAUACCACAUCUAGUUGUAGAUCACCUUGACAAUUACUUCGUUCGCCUCGGGCGACAACGAGAAAUGCUUUAUUAGUUAUACUCAGAAGCGUACUUUUAUCUAAUAAAAAACAUAAAUAAACACCCACAAUCGUGCUGAAUCGUAAUUAUUAAAAUGAAUUUUCCUGCUGCGGAUUUCCGAGCUGACACAACAGGUGGAAUUUCCUGCCGAACGAGGCAGGGUCCACUUAUAAGAUGAUCACCGUCCCCCCAGACGGUGCCAUUGAAAAAGUAAACACAAACACUCCAGCUUCAGUCAUCUAGGUCAGUCGUCACGUUUGCCAUGGUUUUAAGAGACUCGAUUUACCUGUUUUUGGCGCUGGCCGUGGCCACCGAGACGCUUAGUAACCCAGUGGACCCUUGUCAGACCCCUAAUGGUCAAAAGGGCACCUGCGUGCCCCUCCAAGACUGCCCCAAUUUGCACUCCCACUUCGAAAAAGGAACCAUCGACCCUAAAAUCAAGACUUACGUGCAGAGAUCACACUGUGGGUUCGUGGGCCAUGACCCUAAAGUCUGCUGCCCAUCAGCCACCGCUCCCGCCAAGUCCCUUUUGGCCUCCAGUCACCUCCUUCCAAACCGUACCAUCUGCGGUAUGUACACCGACAACAGGAUCAUCGGAGGGGAAAAAACCGGCCUGGACGAGUUCCCCUGGAUGGCGUUGCUCCAGUAUAAAAUCGACAACGGCAGUUUGGUGUUCGAGUGCGGGGGGUCUUUGAUCAACAAGAGAUACGUCUUGACGGCUGCUCAUUGUCUCCUACCCGAACUGGUUAAGGUGCGUUUGGGGGAGUACAACACAGAAACCAACCCCGACUGCGUUAGCAACUCUCUGGGGACGGAUUGCGCCCCUCCGGUGCAAGAUUUCGGGGUUGAGGAACAGAUUGUUUACAGGAGUUACGACGCAGGGGAUUCUGACCAUUAUCACGACAUUGGGUUGAUAAGGUUGGACCGGGACGUGGAAUAUUCUGAUUUUAUCACACCCAUUUGUUUGCCGUUGGAUACGGAAGAAGUGUACAAGUCGUACGUGGGGAAGCAGCUGACGGUGGCCGGCUGGGGGAUCACCGAAAGAGAUGUCAAAAGUACCAUCAAGCUUAAAGUGAACGUACCUGUGAUGGAGCUCCCCGAGUGCGCCCGCAAGUACAAGGACCUUCUCAACCUCAAUUUGGCCCUGGAUAGUGGCCAGAUUUGCGCUGGAGGUGUCAAGGGCAAAGAUUCCUGUAGGGCCGACAGUGGAGGUCCUUUGAUGCACCUUAAGCUUGAGAAGCGUCGAGAGUCCAAUUUUUACGUUGUUGGGGUGGUUUCGUUCGGACCGACGCCCUGCGGACAAAAGAACUUGCCAGGAGUAUACACCAAAGUUUCGAAAUACGUGACCUGGAUUGUGGAAAAUCUGAAAGAUAAUGUUUGUGCUACCGCACAGAAUUUUAAUCUGCGGAUGAAUAUUAACAAGGUCGAGAAGUCCUGCUGCGAAUUUACACUAUUUAGUAAUUCCAGAACAGUGUCAACAAUGCCUCUGAGGGCUUUUAUAGUGGCGUUAGCGUUUGUCCAUUCCGUUAGUACCACUGCCGGAAGUUAUCAAAGCUACCCUCCUUGCCAGACACCCCAUGGCAAAUACGGCCUGUGUAAACCAUUGCAAGACUGCCAGUCCCUCAAGACCCUCGCCGACGACCCUAACCCAAACAAGGCCCGCUUUCUGUGGCACUCCCAAUGCGGAUUUCAAGCCCAAGAAGUCAAAGUUUGCUGCCCGGUUUUCUCCAGCGGGGACAUUCCAGACUACUCGUCAACAUUUGUUAACCCCGGUUUAUUCGCCACACCAGACCAAUGUACGUCUACUAAUUACGCGAGUGUGAUAAUCUUCGGGGGUAACAAGACUAAACUGGGAGAAUUCCCCUGGAUGGUAGCACUAGAGUACCAGAAAUAUGAUAGGAAAUCGCAGAAAACGAUCCUGGAUGUAAAGUGUGGGGGCGUUCUCAUCAGUAAAAGAUACGUACUAACAGCAGCCCACUGCAUGAAUUCGAAAUUAGUGAGCGUUCGUCUGGGUGAACACAACCUGAAAACUAAUCCAGAUUGCGACAGAUAUGGUAUGUGUGCCCCAAAAUACAUCGGUGUACCCAUAGAAAAACAGAUAAUUUUCAAAACGUACCAAAAAUCUCCUGAAAAGUACCACGACAUAGCGCUCCUACGUUUACAACACGAAGUUGCUUAUUCAGAUUUCGUCAAACCGAUCUGUCUUCCAACAACUGUGAGCGACUUGUACUACUCUUUUAUUGGCGAAGAACCCGUUGUGGCUGGUUGGGGGUUCACCGAAAAAGGCUACUACAGUGAUGAUCAACUUAAAGUCGAAGUUCCUGUUCAGAACUUGACUGUUUGUUCUUAUGGUAGUGAUGAGGGCGUUUUGUGUGCUGGAGGUGAAUCAGGAAAAGGUUCGUGUUUUGGGGAUAGCGGCGGACCUUUGAUGGUUUCACGAGGGGUGGAAAAUGGAGGAAGUUGGUACGUCAUUGGUAUAGUGUCUGGUGGGUCAGACCCGUGUGCGCUGGAUUAUGAGCCGGGGACUUACACCCGAGUUUCGAAGUAUAUGACUUGGAUUGAAGACAACAUGAAACCUUGAAGAUCAAAAUUUGA